AUGGCAACCACCAAGGGCAAAUUGGAGGAUUGCGAGGUAUGCGGCGCGGCUAAGGCGCGGUACACCUGCCCGAAAUGUGAGGUUAGAACAUGCUCUCUCACGUGCGUGAAUGUUCAUAAGAAGGAACUGGAGUGCAAUGGGAUCCGGGAUCCAACAAAGUUCGUCCCUUUAGCGUCGUUUAGCGACUUAGAUUUAUUGAGCGAUUAUCGCUUUCUUGAGCAAGUUGGUAGAUUAGUUGAUACAAAGAAGAGAAAUCCAGAGAUAAAAUAUACUCGCCAAGUUGCUCUACCAGUGCACCUACAUAAAUUGAGAUGUGCCGCGUCCUGUAGAAAGGUAUUGCUGUUAUUUAUGCCGCAAGUCUUUAAUCGCCACAAGGAGAAUACUACGUACCUUAAUUGGAAGAACAACGAGUUAUUCUGGCGUCUAGAAUGGAUUUUUCCACAAGCUGAAAACAUAAAGUACACAGUAGAUAGAGCCCUAGACAAUGUGAGAUUAUCAGCAUUGGUGGAACAAGUUUUAGAUCCAAUCUCUGCGAUAGAUGAGAUUGACAUUGAAAAAUUAAAUGCAAAACUGCUUUUAGCUGAUAAAUUACAGUUUUAUAGAGCAGCUGGAUUAAUUAAUAUCAAAGUUCUUCUAAAAGCCGAGAAAAUAAAGAAGGCACAGUCCAGGUUUUAUGAUUUGGAUCUUAUGCUUACGUUGCAAGAAAAUUUGGAGAAUAAGACUAUAGUGGAGUUUCCAACAUUGCAUGUGGUUAUGAAAGAUCACUUAAAUAUGUACGAUAUUAUAGACACUGAUGAAGAAACGAGUGAUGCAGAGUGUACAAGUUACAGAGCGAAGAAAAAAUACAAUAAUAACAGGCCCAAUGAUAACAAGAAAGAUGAAUCAAUAAACUAUUUCUUCAAUGAUUUUUCGGAUUCCGAUGAUGAGAAUAUGAAACGAAAGAGAAAAAAAUCGCUUAAUAUACCAAAUUACGAAGAGUUAAUAAAAAUACGCGUAUACUGAUGAUACAUAUAUCUGCACACCACUCAAAAAUACCACCGCAUUAAAAAGUAAUAAAUAUAUUUUUAGAAUUUAUUUUAUACUAACUCGGGACUCGUCUUUACAGAGGAAUUUCACACAACCUGCAUUUUUCAACAAUGUAUGAUUCAACAAAGAUGUGAUAAAUAUAAUUCAUAAGUACAAGGAAUGAUAAAUACUGUUGAUGAUAUCUCUUUUUUUCUUUUUAGUAAA